UCUCUGCCAAGCGCUAAUACCCCCAAAAGGAAGCCAAGUUUGAAGAGUGCAUCCAAACCUAUGUCAUCAGGUGGAAGUGCUGGUGGAGCUGAUGAAGAAUUGUUCAUGAAAUCUUUUGAGGAAGUUCCUCGAAUCAAUCUUUACUCUUCUAAAGACCUCGAAACAGAAAUGACAAAAAUAAAGGAAACGCUUGGUGAUCCCAGCAAUGAUUGGGAAAAAAGAAUUGAGCUGUGCAAACGGUUAAGGAGUAUCAUUAUUGCUGGUGGACACGAAUAUGAAGAAUUUUAUCCAAUUUUAAGACAAUUAGAACAACCUUUUCAAAACUCAGUAAAGGAUUUGCGUUCUCAAGUUGUCAGGGAAGCAGCAAUAACAAUAGCGUAUCUUUCUCAACAGUUGGGUCCUAAAUUGGAUCACUUUGCUGAAGCACUUUUGCCAUCUUUAAUAAACUUAAUUCCAAAUAGUGCCAAGAUUAUGUCUACUGCUGGAAUUGUUGCCAUACAUUUCAUCAUUCGGUAUACUCAUGUGAGCCGUCUAAUUCCUAUAAUUACAACUCAUCUCUCAUCAAAAUCAAAAGACAUCAGAAAAACAUGUUUUGAAUUUCUUGAUCAAUUGCUUGUGACUUGGCCAACUUACACAAUGGAGAGACAUGUUGGCAUCUUAGCUGACGCCAUAAGGAAGGGCAUCAGUGACGCUGAUCCAGAAGCUAGGGCUUUCUCUAGGAAAGCGUUUUGGGGCUUUGCUGACCAUUUUAGAGAACAAGCAGACAGUUUGCUAAAUUCACUUGACAACAGUAAGCAAAGGAUGUUGCAUGAUGAGCUUACUAUGAGCAAUUCCUCUAGCAGUAGUUCAUUAACACAAAGUGGAAAACCUUACAGAUCCACCAUCUCUAACCAUGCAGGAUCUGUAGAAAAUCUUGUACUUGGUCGUACUGGCACCUUGGGCAGACGAACAGGGAUCUCUAAUUUACAGAAUUCAAAACCAGACCCAUCCUCGGGCAUACCGACACGAUUGAGAUCAACUAGUGCUAUCGAUUUGUCCGCUGUUAGGCGUGCCAAAGCUCGAGCUUCAAAUUCCGUUGUUGCUAAUCUCUCUAGAGGUUCUGGGGCUUCUCUUCCUCGUAACUCGGUACGUCGACAUGAGACAUCCAUUCAUGCAAUUACCUCACCGGAAAGAGUUAUCAAGUCUCGUCCAAAAGGAUCUUCUCAAUCUCAACCUAGCAGCAGGCCUGAAUCGCCUUCAUCAAGGUUAAGUUAUGCUACAUAUUCUUCAACGGAUGGUGCUAAAACCGGUAGACCUCGAAAAAUGUCUGGAAUACCCAUUGCCACUAGUAGAGAAGCAAGUCCAACGCGGACAGGAUAUGCUCAUGAGAGGCGGUUAAGUGGCUCUCGUACGAGGCUAACAGGUGCUGGUGAAAAAUAUCCAGUUUUAUCAUCCUCUGCAACUCCACUAAUGGGUGAGAAAGUGCUACAACAAAGCAGGGAAGCUGAAGUUGCUGUUGCAGAUGCCUUAAGAGCACCUACUCGUAGGAGAUACAACGCCUUUGAUGAUCAGUCCGAUGAGAGCGAGACGUCUAGUGUUUGUUCUGACAGAUCAUUCAGCUCUUUUGGAAGGAGUGUGGAUGAUAUCAAUGAAGUGAUACAUAACCUGCACAGUAUUCAUUGGUCAGAUCGCAAGGAGGGGCUGCAAGCACUGCAGGCAUACUUCCGAUCCGGUCGUACCUUGUCCCACAUAGAGCUGAAAAAAGUUACGGAUAUAUUUACCAAAAUAUUUAUGGACCCUCAUACUAAAGUUUUCUCUCUUUUUCUGGAUGCGUUAAAUGAGCUUAUAAGUAUACAUAAAAGUGAGCUGCAGUUCUGGUUGUAUGUUUUACUGACUCGUUUAUUUCAAAAAAUGGGUGCGGAUAUACUAGGAUCUGUUCUAGCAAAGAUUCAGAAGACUCUAGAUUUAGUGAAAGAAUCUUUUCCAUAUGGAAACCAAUUUAGUGCCAUUAUGAAGUACUUAAAUGAUCAAACUCAGACACCUAAUGUAAAGCAAAAAAUUGCAAUCUUGAAAUAUUUGAGCUCUUUGAUACCAGAAAUGGAUCCUGGUAAAUUUUCAAGUGCCAAUUCUGAAGUGAGUUUUGCUGUAAUGAAAAUGAUAUCUUGGAUCGUUCAACCAAAAGGCAGUGAUAUUAGAAAGUACAGUGAAGAUGUUCUUGUAGCUUUAUUUUCAUUAAAUGCUGCUGAAUAUUCAAAACUGGUUGAUCAGCUGCCCAAAGCAUACAAAGAUAAUGCAUUUUCCUUGCUACAUUCUCGAUAUCCACGUUCUAACCCAGACACCCCUCGGUCUGCUGGCAAUAAAACAUCCCCUUGCGCUGUGAUGUCCCACCUGCAGUCUCCAAAUUCUGGGCAUCCUUGGCCUCGUAGCCAUGGAGGAACCCCACAGAAUCGGUCUUUUGAUGUGGACGAAACGGAAAAUCUGAAUCCUGAAGAGUUUAGUAAUUCGUGGAAAAAAACUAUGUCUGAAAUUGAAGAAUAUAAAUCAGAUGAUUUCUAUGACAAAAUUUCUGACAAAAUAAUUCGGGAGUCACCAUCUCACAGCAUUGGUUCUCGACACAACAGUUUAGAUGGCCGAUUGGACAGCCUGAUGGAUCGCUUGGAGCUGGGCUCCAGUGCAGACUCUUCUCCCACGAAAAGGUCUCCUUCUGAUUACACAGGCAUGAAUUUUCCCAGAACUGAGGGAGCAUUAUUGUUCGACAGGGAGUUUUCGGAAAAUCCAGAGGCUGAAAAUGAAAUAGAUGGUUUGUUGAAUGACAAUCAUAAAACCAUCUAUGCCAUUGUAGAUGAAUUGAAUCAAAGUUCAAGGAAUGAGAAGAAAAUCCAAGCUCUAACCCGGUUAAUAUGUCUAGCAAAGGAACAGUCAUCAAUAAUUUCUAAUGAUGAUUUUCGUCUCAUUCUUCGUGAAGUUAUUCAGACUGUGGAAGAUACCUCUAAUACUGUCAAAACUCAGGCAUUGAAAGCUCUAUGUGAGUUGAUAAGAGCAAAAGCUGAUUAUUUCCAAGAUUACAUAGAGCUCACUUUGCUUAGGAUUUUAGAAGCACAUAAAGACAUGAAUCAUGAGGUUCUUAAGAUGGCUGAAAUGUGUUCUGCUGUUGCUGCUGUUAAUUUGCCACCGGAUCAAUGUGUGCGAACUUUGAAAGCUCUCAUUCUUACCAGUCAGAUGCCUACAAAUCAGGCAGCAAUAAAAAUGCUCGGAAAGUUGGUGGAACAUCACACUCAGCAAAUAGUUUUAAAUCUUCUGCCAGAAGUCAUGCCUGCACUCAUCAAAGCAUGUGAUCACACGGAAAGUUCUGUGAGAAAAGCUGCUGUGUUCUGCAUGGUGGCCAUCCACAUGAAAGUUGGAGAAGCCAUGCAACCUCACAUCGUAGACCUAAAUAGCUGCAGACUGAAAUUAUUGAAUAUCUACAUUAAAAAAGCAGAAAUGCAGAAUUCUGGUGGGGGGAGCAGUCCUUGCUCGCCAGGUAAUCCCCCUUCUUCAUCCAGCAGCCAAUAGCAAGAAAUCAAGUGGAAAACCUGUGUUGUCACAAAUCAAAACUCUCAAUCAAAAUGAUUGAAUUGUAGAGGUGGCUCGGGAAAGAAGUUCUUCAAUAGUUUGAUUUGCCUUUCGUUUGAUUACCAACAUGUUUGGCACUGAGCCUUUUUUUUUUUUUUUCGAAUAAAAUUUUUUUUAACCAGUGAUAUUUUGUGGCUCAAUGUAGCAUUCGAUGUAAUUGUAACAGGGUCUACAUUUGAGUGUUUUUUUGGUCUUCAUGAUAAAGUUAUAAUGACCAUGUUGAACAUUCUCUAACAAAACAAUUUUUGAACCCAAAACUCCUUCUUUGAUAUAUGUUUCAGUCUUGAUUGACUGUGACUCAAUGUACAUAGCAUUCCAGAUUGUAUUAACACAUUUUCAGGAUGAAGAAUCUGGUAUAUAUUGAACAAAAUGGCGAUACCGAGGUUCAGUUGAAUAAAAUGUGAAAAUGAGCUGCUGGCUUUGCUUAUGAGUGAUUCUUUUUCUAAUUCAUAUGCAUAAAUUACAUAGGCAAAUGUUAGGACUUACUAUUUGUGCCUAUUUACAUUUUGAAGUGUGAAACUGAGAAUGUGUGGGACAUACACCUCCAAUUAUUUAAACAAUUUUUGUUUUCUGUAAUGUUAAAAUUCCAAUUUUUCAAUUAUGAUAUUUAAUGUGUUUUUCCCCAGGAACAUUUUUCUUUUUUCUUUGAUGGAAAGGGGUAGGGAAGAAAGAGUAAAUACUAAAAGAUCUAUAACAUUAAAAUAUUCGUACGUAAAAUAAAUGAUUUUACAUUAGGUGCCUUUUGGUGUCAACAAAAAAUAUUUGUUUCCUUUUAUUUUUCAGAAAAGCAAUUUUGAAACACAUUUAGUUCUUGAAAAAAAUGUUUUAUAAGUUUUUUUAAGGCUGUGCAAAUACAACAUUUAUGUGAUUUUAAAUGCUGCAAGUGAUUUAAGUUACAAAGAUUGUUUUACAAAGUAAAUAACUAGCUAUCAUACGUUAUGCUAAUAGAAAAAAGCAUGUUUUUUAAAACAUAUAUAUUAUGGUUUGUUGCUUAGUUAAAUUAAUGCGUUGAAUGCUUUUUAAACCAAUUCCUGUUUAGUACAUGAUUUCUUUUUCAUUUUAAAAGUAAUAAUACUUUUUGAAAGAAAUAUUCAAAGAUAUUACAAACAUAUUUUUCAGUGAGUUAUUUUUACUGCCAAAUAUAAAAGCUAUAUUUAAACAGAAAAACAGAGAUUAUUAUUCAAAUUAUAGCUUUGAUUGUGCCAGUGAACAUAAAACCAGCUAACAAAGAGUUAUGCUUUUUGAAGGAAAUAUUCAAAGAUAUUACAAAUAUAAAUUUUAAUAAGUUGUUUUUACAGCCAAAUAUUAAAACUAUACUUCAACAAAAACCAUAAAUGCUUUUUUAAAUUAUAAUCUUCUGUUGUGCCGGUUAACAAAAAUCUGUUUGCAAAGUAAAAAUGCUUUUUAAAAGAAAUAUUCAAAAAUAUUACAAAUUCAUUUUUAAGUGGUUGAUUUUUACUGCCAAAUAUAAAAGCUAUACUUUGGCAGAGAAACCCAAAUGCUUUUCUAAAUUAUAAGCUCUGAAACUGCAAGUUUACAAAAUUUGUUUAAGUAGUUGGAGUUUAAAAUGACUACAGUGAUUCGGUGAGUAAAAUUCAUGACUUUCACUUAUAACAAAAUAACUCUAGUAUUAUGACUCAACAAUUUUUGCUUGUAGAAAUAUUUCUUUGAGAUUAUGUGUGAAAAAGAAAAUGAUGACUUGAUAAUGAUGUGCGUUUCUUCACUUUUAUACAGACUAUCUAAGAAUUUUCUCAAACGAUAGAUAUAUUAUUAUACAUUGUACAUUUUCUUUCAGAUUAAAUUUUGUUAAUUUGAGGCUAUGGAAAAAUAGAGUAUAUAUUUAAUGUAACUUUGUUUUCAAAUUAUGACAAUGAGAGUCCUUACUUUUUUGUACAAUUUUAUUAUUUUUUAUUGACAUGCAAUGAAUGUAGAUGUUACUAGUACUAAAAUGCAUUCACUCAUUUUGUAUAAAUAUAUGAACAGAAUCAAAAAAAAGGAAAAAAAAAAGAAAAAAGUUAAAGGAAUGAACAAAUUUGUUGAUAUUAAUUACUUUUUAGGGUAAAUCAGUGUGAAAAUUGUUGUUUAACUGAAAAUAGUUAAAUAUUACUUUUGACGCUUCAGUGUUAAAAAAAAAAAAAAAGCUUUUCUGCAAAUACUUAAUCUCAAUCAUAUUAAAAAGGUAAUAAAUAAAAUUUUGCAGCAGUAAAUGGUGUGUGUAAAUAUAUGUUGAUGCAGUGUAUAUUUGAUUGCACUUACGUAAUGUUCUGAUGCUACAAAGUUUAUUGAUUUAAUACUUCUAAAAAAAAAAAACCAGCUUCGUGUUUAUGCAUAAUUUCAAGAGAAGUUUUCUGAUCAUUUUAUACAAAUAGUUCGAUAAUAAGGGUUUUAAAUAUUUGUUUAAUUGAACAAUAUCUUUAUGGCUCUGUUUUAACAAUGAGGCCCUUUCUUACAAAGUUUCUCAAAUAAUCAUUAUUGAAUUAAUUGUUAAAAUGCAAAUAAUUUCUUGGAACUCGUUCACUGCUACAUGUUUUGUAUAAUAAAAUUCGUAUUUGUAUUCUCUAUGUAGCGUUAAUAAUUUUUGAUCACUCUCUAAAAUGGUUUCAUGAUUCACAACAAUUUCAUUUCAUUAACCAUAUCUUUAUUUAUGUUGUACAAUACUGUGACCACGGAUUGUAUGGAAAGACAAACAUCCGUUUUACAACCGGAAAUGGUCGAAUCUAUUAUUUUUUACCGAUGUCAGCUUUUGCAGAAGCAGAGUCUCAUUCAAAUGAGCCAUAGACUAAUAAUAAGAGUAGACCUUCCUUUCCCAGACUUGCUGAUGAAAAAAUUGGUUUAUGGAUACAUCAUGUGACUGGUG